AUGGACAUUACUGAAGUCCCCGUCAGCGAAGUCAGCGAACCGCGCAAAGCCAAGAAAAAGAAGAGCAAGAAGGUGAAAAACAAUCCCGCGAGUGACAAAGGAGAUGCUGAAAGCGUCCUUUCUAACCAUGUGGACACGAAAGAAGGAGUCAAGAUGGAGAGCACUGAGGCUGACUCCGCUUUCCCUCCCACCUUCAGUGUGUCUGAGAUCAAGAACAAACAGCGCAGACAUGUCAUGUUCAUGAAGCUGAAGCAGGACAAGAGGAAGCAAAAAAUGAUACUGAAAAAGAAGAGGAAAAAAGAGCGAGAGGCUUUGGGUGACAAGGCCCCCCCAAAAGAGGUCCCCAAGACAAUAGAAAAUCAAAGGGUGUAUGAUGAAACCACAGUUGAUCCAGAUGAUGAAGAGGUCAAAUUUGAUGAAGAAACCGAUGAAUUUGCUGCUUACUUCAAUGGACUCACUAAUCCCAAAGUCCUUAUCACGACAUCUGACCGGCCUAGAGGAAGAACUGUAAGAUUUUGUGAACAGAUGGCGAAUGUAAUUCCAAAUGCCCAUGUUUAUUACCGAAGAGGUUUGGCUUUGAAAAGAAUCAUCCCUCAAUGCAUUGCGAGGGACUUCACUUACCUCAUGGUGGUCAAUGAGGAUCGCAAAGUGCCCAAUGGGCUGGUGCUCUGUCAUCUCCCUGACGGCCCAACUGCACAUUUCAAGGUCAGCAGCGUCAGACUACGGAAGGAGAUAAGGCGACGUGGCAAGGAUCCAACAGUACAUCACCCAGAGGUCAUUUUAAAUAACUUCUCCACUCGUCUGGGUCACAGCAUUGGGCGUCUGUUCGCAGCAUUAUUUCCACAAGAUCCUCAGUUUGUGGGUCGGCAAGUGGCAACUUUCCACAAUCAACGAGACUUCAUCUUUUUUAGAUUUCACAGAUAUAUCUUCAAAAAUGAGAAGAAGGUUGGUAUUCAGGAGCUGGGGCCUCGCUUUACACUUAAACUCCGCUCGUUACAGAAAGGCACAUUUGAUUCAAAGUUUGGAGAGUACGAGUGGGUCUUGAAACGUCAUGAUAUGGAUUCAUGCAGAAGAAAGUUCCAGCUUUGA